GUUGCAAGGCGUUAUACGCAAAAUACCACAAAAUACUAACUUAAGUGUUGUAGGCGCAUCAAGAAAAUUGUAAACAACGACGUGGAGUUCAAUUAAAUUUUCAACUAAAAAUAUGAACAAAUUCGAGUUAAUAUUAUGUGCACUCUUGGCACUAACUAGCUGCCUGAAACACACGCAUGCCGAAUUUACGGCAGCUGAUUGCCGGGAAUUGGGCUUCAUUAAAACUCAACUGAUGUGCUCCAAUUGUGAUAAACUAGACGAUUUCGGACUGGAGACAUUAAAACCGCAUUGCAAGGAGUGCUGCACACAGGAUCAGCAGACGGCGGCUCAGAGAACCUACGCCAAGGCGAUCCUUGAAGUUUGCACCUGUAAAUUCCGUGCUUAUCCGCAAAUUCAGGCGUUCGUUCAAAGCGGUCGUCCAGCGAAAUUUCCCAACUUACAAAUAAAAUAUGUUCGUGGCUUGGAUCCGAUCGUUAAGCUGCUGGAUGCCCGGGGCAAGGUGCUAGAAACGUUAUCGAUAACCAAAUGGAAUACGGACACCGUCGAGGAAUUCUUCGAGACGCAUCUAUCCAAGGAGGGUGCCGGAGGUGGAGGAGGCAAGAAUUCCUACAGUGUCGUCGAGGAUGCGGAUGGUGAGGAGGAGGAUUAUCUGCGCACCAAUAGAAUAUAAAAAUUAUUGCAAAUUAUUAUUUAUCAUCCGCAGUAGUCAAAUGUCAAAUUAAUAAUAAAAGGUAGCCUAUUUUUUAGGCUUAAUUCGCUGCCAAA